GGAAAUUCCGGCCCAGCUUGUGAACUGGGCACCUCCCGUGCGCGCUUCUCCAACGGUCUCCCGGGCGAGACACAACGGCCGGCGAGAUCCGCUCCGCCUACCACCCUCGCCGCCGCGGCCGGAGAGAGUCAGGAAUGUUCGUUUUGCAGGCGAGCGGCGCGGCAGCUUCGUAGGUGGUGGAGCGGACGGGCACGGACCCGCGCCUCUACGACGACGCAGCCGCCAUCCCGGCGCUCCUCGACUCACCUCUUCGACGCCGACGCGCCUCCUCGUCGUCAUAGCGCAGGGCGUCGACGCCGCCCACUCUUCCAGCAGGUGGUCAAAGAACGUGGCGGCGCAGUCGCCUACCUCUACUACCUGCGCUGUCGCUGGAGGUGAAGAGGAUAAUCUGCCUCUACUAGAGUCGCCGGAUUGCUAACAAGAACUAGAAAGGCAAAGGGUGGCCUGGAAGUUGGGCUCUCCGUUCCACCGCCCGCCAUCAGUUCGACGAAAUGCCGCCUACCCUCCUCCUUAGGUGCUCCGUACACGGCCGACGGGCGGAGCCGCUUGUGCAGGACACGCUGAAAGAUCAUGGUGCGCAAGUAGUUCUACUGCGUGUCAUCAUGACCUCUUGGGAGCCGAGUUGAAUGGACAUGUGGUCGACGCACUUGCUCUGGGAGAAAGAUAGAUGGGUGGCAGCAUGGAGCCGAACACAACCACCAACUAAGGCUACAGUUUUCAUGGUGAUCAAGGCAGGCACUGCUUUGUGAGCGGCGACUGGCUGGGUGGUCCACACGCGGGGUGCUCAGGUCCGACUAAAUUCGCGGGGAGGGUGUCUCCACUGAAAUAAGUGCUUGAUCAGAUGACCAGGAGAUUGGGAAUGAGACACACACAAAAGAAUCUUCAAGAGUUUGGAGGGAGGAUAAGAGCAGAAACAGUACUAGCUGUAUGGUCCAUGACAAUAUGUGAACACUCCAAUUUAUUGUUCUUAUUCAGUAAAGCUCAUCGUGAUCAUGUUAAUGCUAAUCAUGUACUGGAAAUUCCGGUAAAAAAGGAAUGUAGGCCCCUGAGAUUGAUAAGCAUGUUGACCCUAUCAGUCUGCCCAAUAAGCAGCCCGAACAGCAUAUAAAAGAUAGAAUUGAAGGGUACCAUCACCAUCUCCAUCCUAAUCUUGUCCUCUAAGGUUCAAGGUCUUCGGAGGUUGGGGGUGCUGCAUGCAAAGCCAUGGCCUCCAAAAAGAUGGCGCAGAUUAUGAUUCAAGGACACGGGGAAACUAGCUAUGCUCGCAACUCUAGUAUUCAGAAGGCUGAGCAGAAGAAGAUGAAACCUGAUUGAAGCGGUCAUCGUUGAAUUAUGCAGCAGCACCGGCACCUUGCAGCCCGGCAAGUUGUGAUCGCGGACUUGGGCUGCUCCACUGGUCCAAACACACUUGCACUUGUAUUGAUCGCUGUCGAGGCGAUUCACGUUCAUUGUCUUCAGUUCUAGCAACCUCCACCGGAAGUGUGUGCGCUCCUCAACGAUCUCCCCGAGAACGACUUCAGCACGGUGGUGAAGAGCCUGGUCACGCUCCGUCAAAGCAAAUGAUCCUGUUGUCGUGACCGGUAUCACACCAGGGUCGUUUUACGAGCGGCUCUUCACCAGUGAAUCCUUGCAUCUUGUUUGCAAGUCCAAUAGCUUGCAUUGGCUCUCAAAGGCUCCAGAAGAUCUAACGAGGAAUCUCAUCCCAGCGUAUGACAUUGAUGAGCAUUCUAGGAGUGAAAGGCUUCCUAUAGUACUUGAGGCUUAUGCAAAACAGUACAGAAAAGAUUUCACGCUUUUUCUGGAGCUGAGAGCCAAAGAGUUGGUCUCAGGAGGCCGAAUGAUUGUUUCGCUGGUAGGGAGGUGUUCUGAUGCAAUCGCCACCAAAUUCUCUUAUAUAUUAGAAAUUGUAGCUCAGAUUCUAUGUGUCAUGGUCUCAGAGGGUGUGAUUGACAAGGAAAAGUUUGAUUCCUUUUAUGGGCUAUUGUAUGAACCUUCUAGCGAAGAGCUGAGGGAGAUCAUCCAAGAAGAGGGCUCCUUUUCAAUCAGGGAGAUGCGGGCGCAUGACCUAGAACUGAUAUGAACAAUGCUCUCAGCACCCCAGGAAGGUUCGCACGGAUUUCUGUGAGCUUUGUUUGAGCUGGUAUUAGUCCAACAUUUUGGUGAUGUCAUGGAUGAAUUCAUGAGGACCGCGGAGCGGCGAUGGAUCCUAGAGGGAAGCUUGCAAGAGGAGCGGGCUAGAUGUCCAUAUGCUAUGCUGGUUGUAUCCCUCGAAAAGGCAUGAUUAUCAGGUCCCUAAAGGUACAUCACAUUUGAUGACAGUGAACAGAUGCUGUCUUUGAGGCCAAAUGUGUGCCCACUUGAUUAUGUAAACUAAAACCCAUGGCGUGCUUUGAAGGGCCGAAAAGAAGAACUGGAGCUUGCAGUGCAGUUUGCAAGCUGUGUGUGUGCGUGCCGAAAACCCAAGAGUGAUGCUGGUUUUAUCGUUCAACAAGGCAUGACACGACGACUGGCCUGUUCAGGUCUCCGGAGGCUAGCCCUGCUGCAAGCAAAGCCAUGGCUUCCAAACAGAUGGUGCAUAUGAAUCAAGGACAAGGCGAAACUAGCUACGCUCACAACUCCAGUUUUCAGAGUGCUGAGCAGAACAGGAUGAAGGCCCUGAUAGAAGCAGCGGUCGUCGAAUUAUGCAGCAACACCACCACCUUGUCGCACGGGAAGGUGGUGAUUGCGGACUUGGGCUGCUCCUCGGGCCCAAACGCGGUAGCACUGGUGUCCAUCGCCCUUGAGGCCACCCACAGCCACUUUCUUCAGUUGCGGCAGCCACCUCCGGAAGUCUGUGUGCUCCUCAAUGAUCUCCCAUACAACGACUUCAACGCGGUGGUGAAAAGCCUGGUUGCGGUCCGGCAAAUCGGUGAGCCUGUUGUUGUAACUGGUGUUGUACCAGGGUCAUUCUAUGAGAGGCUCUUCCCUAGUGGCUCCGUGCAUCUUUUCUGUUCAUCCAACAGCCUUCAUUGGCUAUCAAAGGCUCCUGAAGAUUUAAGGAUGAAGCAAAUCCCGGCGUAUGACAUGGAUGAGAACGUCAGGCGUGAAAGACUCCCAGUGGUCGCUGGAGCUUAUGCACGACAAUUCAAGAAAGAUUUCACACUUUUCCUGCAGCUGAGAGCCAAAGAAUUGGUCCCAGAAGGCCGGAUGGUUGUUUCCCUCCCGGGGAGGCGUUCUGAUGAGCCUGUCACCGAGACCUCUCUCAUCUGGGGAACUGCAGCUCAGAUUUUAGGCGCCAUGGCCUCAGAGGGUGUGAUUGACAAAGAAAAGCUUGAUUCUUUGUACAUACCGGUGCAUGGACCUUCCGAUGAAGAGCUGAGAGAGAUCAUCCAAGAAGAGGGCUCCUUCUCAAUCACAGAGAUGCGGGUGCACGACCCUAUAAGCGGCAUGGACCGCGCCCUCCUCACCCCAAACAGGAUGGUGAAUAGCCUGAGAGCUGCUUUCGAGCCGAUAAUAGUCCAGCAUUUUGGAUCGCCAGCAGAGAUCAUGGAUGAAUUUGUCAGGACCGGCGAGAAGCACUUGAGCCUGCAGCGCAGCUCACAAGUCAAGCACGCCAGAAGCCCGAGGGUUAUGCUGGUUGUAUCGCUCACCAAGGCAUGACAUGACAGUUGACGUGUCGCUGCUGCUAGUCUGUAUCCAUCGCCAAUUUGUGACAUGUCUGUAAAAUUCUGCAUCAAACUUAAUCGGAUUUGUGAGAGACGGGAAAGGCGAAUAUAUGCUGAAAUUGCAUUGUGAGACAAGCACUUGUCAUUUUCAUUUCA